GAGAAAAUACCAUCAAAAGAAAGAAUUUUUUGUUUUCUGUUUUCGUCUUUCGACAACCAUCAAAAACAAACCUUCUACCGGUAUCAAAACGAUGAUGUGAUGCUGGAAUUCCUGAUGUACCGCACUGGGUAAAUAAGUCUCGUUGUGGGGUUGAACGGUAGAGAGGGACAAACCAGCGAGGCUUCACUGAGGUAGUGUCAAACUCAAGCAUCCAGUGUCGCAAUUUAUUCCCAAUCCAAGGAUAAUGAAGUCUCUGUUGGCGGUCAUUGCUUUCUCGAGCGGGACGUUCGUAGCAAAUGGGUUUGCAAGCCACCAAACGAUCUCUCGACAUCGGAGAGUACGWGCUAGUCGCGACGAUCUUAGUCUCGSAAUGGCACUGACUCCGAUAGGGCCGUUUUGCCCCUUUCGGUCGACGGCAGUAACCGAAUUGGAACCCGAGGUCAUGGACGCCAACAAGGAGACAACACCGGGCUUUGCCGAACGGUUUUCUAGGAUCCAGUCCCAGAUGCAGCUGGGACAAAUCCCGAGUGCGGACACCCUGCGAAAGGUCGCCGGCGACAUGGAUCUCGCCAUCGAUCGGUGGGACAAUCUUUUUGCGCGGCUCCAAUCCACGCCAGACUUUCAAACCAUGGAAUACGCAAAAAUUGCCGAAGCUCAUUUGGCGUCGCACGGGACGUCUACCCGCGUUAUUUCGCUGCUCGUACGAUGGCAGAGUGCUUGCCUGAGGGCUYUUGCGGACAACAGACCCGCGCCCGUGCCUCCGCCGGGAUUGGACCUGAACGCCAUGAUGGAAGAUGCCAAAAGAACGGCUCUGUCGUCUUCGCCUGCAAGCAACAAGACUCCCUCGAUCUCCGCUAUGCAAGCAGCAGAGAGGAUAACGGCACUCCCGUUUGGUACGGAGGCUUUCGAAUCGGACACCGUGAGGAAGGAAUACACUCGGCUUGUUCGAGACCAUUCGAGUCUUAUCGAGGCGGGAGCAACGUACAACGAGUUCGAUUCCGCCGAAAAACUUUCCUUUCUGGAGCAGAUCGAAACCAUAGCGGAUCGCUGGGACUCUUUUUUCUUUCGAUUCGAAUUGAUGGGCUCACUCAAUCGGGAUUAUAUUGAUCAAUGCGAAGCCUAUCUGUCCAGCAUGAACUUAACGGAAGACGAAUAUCGUCAAUUACUAAAAGAUACUCAUCUACUGAUGCGAGAGGACGCCGAAAAGGAAAUGCUCGACAGCUAACACCAAAUUUAAUCAUUUUCGAAGAGAUUGUGUCGUUGCAUUCUUUUUUAGUUAAUUCUAUGUAAAUUAAAAUACAUGAAAUAUU